AUGGAUAUGUCUAUUCAGCCUAACUCCUAUCAAAUGCGCAUAGCUUCGACUAGUCGACAGUGUACUCUCCAACAUUCAUAUCACCCAUCAUCAUCAGUCCUUGCCCUGUCUCUCCCAUGCCCCCUUUCCUUGAAGGGAUCUGUAAAAGUUUCGAACCGCAACCUCUUCUAUCGCACUGUCUGCUAUGAUAUCAUGGUCGUCUCUUUACUGUCGACCCCUUUGUUGCGCUCGUAAUGAUCGAAGACGGGUUCUG